UGACACAUAAUAACAAGCGCUGCACCAUUGCAGGCCACUCUAACCCGAGGGGAUCACUUCGGAUGCUUCUCUUGCUCUUCUUAAACAUGAGGCCUUCUGUUACGUUGUUCUUGUUGCUGAGCAUGGUCAUGCUCAUGCUCGGAGAACUGACUCCGGUCCGCGGCGACGUCGGCACCGCCGCGUCCUACGGACCCCCUUACCUCCCUACCAAGUGCAAUGGCUACGACCAGGACCAGUUCCCGCCGAGCAACAUGUUCGCGGCGGUCUCCGACGCCCUCUGGGACAACGGCGCCGCCUGUGGCAGGAGGUACAUGCUGAGGUGCCUAAGCGGACCCAACAGGCCAUGUAAAGACAGCAUCAUCAGGGUGGAGGUCGUCGACCAGUGCACCGAUCCUUGCCCUGCCAACUUCCUCUUGUCCACCGCAGCGUUCACCGCCGUUUCACGCUUGAAUGACGCAAAGAUCAACGUCGAGUUCGCGCAGAUCUGAACACGUCUUGCUUCGCGCUUAAGGAGGAGAGCCAAAGAAGUCAUAAUGAUGAAAAAGGAGAGGGAAAAGCAAUAAAAUAAAAUGAUGAAUCUUAUUAUACUGUCAUGUAAUAUGGUUUAAUGAAAAGGUUGUGCAUAGAUAUCAAUAAAGCAUAUGUUUUUGCUGGAUAA